GACUGCCGUGGCCGGGCUGAGCGGAGCAUCCUCGGCGUCGGGAGCCUCAUCGGGAGCGGCCGCUUCCUUCCAGCCCGGGCGUCGCCGCAGCCAAGGGGGCAUGGGGGCCGCCGGGCCCGAGGGGCAGCCGCGCCUGCCGCCCAACGCCGCCUGACGACGCCCGGCUCGGUGAGGGGACUUUCCAGCGAAGGCAACAUGGGGACCACGGAAGCCACGCUGCGGAUGGACAACGUGGAGGUCAAGGAAGAGUGGCAGGACGAGGACUUCCCCAGGCCACUCCCAGAAGAAGCAGGCAUGGAGUCCUUGGGAAGCCCUUCGGGGAACGUGUUGGCUCCUCCAAGCUCCUUACAUUUUAGUAACGGAGCUCACCACAAGAGGAAGACUCUGGUUGCUCCGGAAAUCAACAUUUCUUUGGAUCAGAGCGAAGGCUCCCUCCUGUCCGACGAUUUCCUGGACACGCCGGAUGACCUGGAUAUAAACGUCGAUGACAUUGAAACGCCGGAUGAGACGGAUUCUCUGGAAUUCCUGGGGAAUGGCAACGAACUGGAAUGGGAGGACGACACUCCCGUGGCCACAGCCAAAAACAUGCCCGGAGACAGUGCAGACCUAUUUGGAGAUGGAGGCGGGGAAGACGGGGGUGCCCCCAAUGGCCGUCUGUGGAGGACGGUCAUAAUUGGGGAACAGGAGCACCGCAUCGACCUGCAGAUGAUCAAGCCGUACAUGAAGGUGGUGACUCAUGGAGGUUACUACGGGGAAGGCCUCAAUGCCAUUAUUGUCUUCGCGGCUUGUUACUUGCCAGACAGCAACCUACCUGUACAUUACAUCAUGGAGAACCUCUUCCUGUACGUGAUCAGCAGUUUGGAGCUGCUGGUUGCCGAAGACUACAUGAUUGUAUAUUUGAACGGCGCCACUCCACGGAGGAGAAUGCCGGGCAUCGGCUGGCUGAAAAAGUGCUACCAGAUGAUCGACAGACGGUUACGGAAAAAUCUGAAAGCGUUAAUAAUCGUUCACCCUUCCUGGUUCAUUCGGACGGUGCUGGCAAUAUCCCGGCCAUUCAUCAGUGUGAAAUUCAUCAGCAAAAUCCAGUACGUCCACACCUUGGAGGAACUAGCUCAUACGAUUCCCAUGGAGCACGUCCAGAUUCCAGAUUGCAUCCUGCAGUUCGAAGAGGAGCGAAACCAGGCUAGGAAAGAACGGUAUGUCUCCUUCAGGGCGGAAGGAGUGAAACAGGAGACGGCUGAGAGAGAGAGGACUGCCCUUCCUUCAGAAGAUCAGGAAACAAGCAUGUCAUGAAUCGGGACGGAGAGACGGGACGGGGCUGAAGAAACCCUCCACCCGAUAAGAACCACCCAAUCACCACAUGUUCCUUUCCUGGCCUUCCGAUCUCAUCAAGACACCUCCUUUUCGGUCCAUCAGAAGGAGCAUCCCCGCUGUUUCUCCAUCCCCAAAGGCGAAGUCAACUCUGGAGACGUCAUCCCACCACUGAGUUUGCAAAGGAAGGAGUCCCUUCCAGGAAAGGCAUCAAGCACUCUCUGAGUUUCCAGAGAGAUUCUACCGUAGUGUACGACCUUGGGAGAUGAUUGCAUCUACUCCAACCCCCCCGCCCCCCCGGAGAUCUGGAUUUUUGCACGGCAAACCCUUUCCUGCAGUGGCUGCAAGUCCGAAGCCAGUGAAGUGAUGCCAAUGUGGGAAAAAUCACAUUUUUCGUACCGGAUCAUUGUAUAAAGAGAUGUUCUCAUGC